GGUCCUAAAAAAUCGUAUCAUUCAAAAUUUUUAGGGGCAAAUCUUUUUUCUUACAAACCACCGGGAGAUAUCUCAAAACUACCAAAUUAGUUUUUUUCUAGAUUUUCGAAUAUUUACAAAACCCUGUUUCAAAUUUGUUUCAAACAAACAGAAUUAGCCUUUUGGUUUGAACAUCCUCCUGAUAAAUACAGAAAUUCUAUUUUUUUGCCCUGUUGCAGUUUUAACUCAUAAAUCAAAUGACUAUGACAUGUCGAUAACAGAGGGAAGCUUCCCCUGCUUCAAUGGCGACUGUCACUCGUUUUCAGUCACCAUUUCAAAUUCAAAUGCCUUUAAGGAGCAUUUCAUGCGAAUUGAAAGGAAGGGGCAAAGGAAGCUGCAGAUUUCAGAGCCAGGAUAGUAAUGCUGUAAAUGUGGAAGUGGGGAGAAAAGAAUUAAGGGAUAAAAACAACAAAGACAGAGACAUAGACAAUUGGGAUGCGAAGGAUAGUGCAAAGCAUUAUAGAAUAGAUAUGUGGGGCGCUCCGUAUUUUGCUAUUAAUCUCCAUGGGAAUAUCUGUGUCCGCCCCUAUGGCACUUCAGAUGGUUCAGAUGAAAUUGAUAUUAUGAAUUUGAUUGAUUCCCUGCAAAGCUUGGAUGUGAAACCGCCCAUGGUUAUCAGAUUUCCUGACAUAUUAUUUCAUCGGAUGAGAAGAUUGCAAGAAUGCUUUAAUAAGGCCAUUUCCAAAUAUGAUUACCAACAAUCUUUUCAAGGAGUCUUUCCAAUAAAAUGUAAUCAUGAUCCCUUUCUGUUAGAUGAUAUUGUUGAGUUUGGGCAUCAAUUCAAAUUUGGCUUGGAGGUUGGGUCAAAGCCAGAACUUCUUAUCGCCAUUUCCAAAAUAUGCUGCAACAGAGAUGGACUUGUCAUCUGCAAUGGAUACAAGGACAGGACUUACAUUGAAACUGCUCUAUUAGCAAUGCGAUUGGGUAUUAAAGUUGUACUAGUCCUUGAGCAGAUGGAAGAGCUGAAUCUAGUGAUCAAAACCAGCAGAGCAUUGAAGGUUCAGCCAGUAAUUGGGGUAAGAGCCAAGCUUAGCACCAAGCACAAUGGUCACUGGGCUGGAACCUCUGGUGAUAGUGGGAAAUUUGGACUCAGUAUCAAUAAACUCGUUCAAGUUGUGCACAGGCUCAGAAAAGAAAACAUGUUGCAAUGCUUGCAAUUGCUUCAUUUUCAUAUUGGUUCUCAGAUACGAUCUAUUUCAACUAUAAAGGAUGCCAUAGAUGAAGGGAGUCAAAUCUACUGUGAAUUAGCUCUGAUGGGUGCCCCUAUGCAUUACAUUGAUGUUGGAGGUGGGCUUGGGAUUGACUAUGAUGGUACAAAGAGCCCAUCUAAUGUUUCAAUCAACUAUAGCAUGCAAGACUAUGCAAACUACAUCAUAGCUGCUUUGCGGGAUGCCUGUUUUCUCAAAGGGAUUUCUCAGCCAGUAAUUGUGUCUGAGAGUGGGAGAGCUUUGGCUUCGCAUCAUUCAGUCAUUGUGUUUGAUGUAUUAAGUGUCAGCCAGCGGAUGCAACCAAAGUUUAUUAGCAAGCAAGAGAGUUCGGGCACAACUAUAGUGCAAAGUAUAGAUAAAGCAGAUUAUUCAGGUUCAAUUAUGCAUGCAAAUAUCAAUGAUCAGGAGGAUUGCAACCCUGGGGAUGAUCUACUCUCAAGUUUCCAUGAAGUCUCAAGAACUAUGUGCCAGCAAAAUCUUUUGGAAGCUUUUAAUGAUGCAAAGCAGUUAAAACAAAAAGCAGAGACCUUGUUCAAACUUGGUUUCCUCAGUCUUGAGGACAGGGCACAAAUGGAAACUCUUUAUGAUGCAAUUUCAUAUACUUUCCUGGACAAUUAUAGGGACUCUGAUUUGCCAGAUGAAUUAGAAAAGCUUAAAAACUCACUGGCUGCAAUAUAUCAUAUCAACUUAUCUAUUUUCCGAUCUGUACCUGAUUCAUGGGCCAUAAGUCAUGUUUUUCCUGUCAUGCCUCUGCAUCGAUUGCAUGAGAAGCCAACUGCACAAGCAACCUUGGCUGAUUUGACAUGUGACAGUGAUGGAAAGAUAGAGAACUUUAUAGGACCUAGUGGGGAAGUUGAAAAUGUGCUUUCUGUGCAUCAUUUACGUGAAGGAGAACCAUACUACAUGGGGCUAUUUCUUGCUGGUGUUUAUCAGGAAGUUAUGGGAAGCGCUCAUAAUUUGUUUGGAGGAAUAAAUGUCAUUCACGUGAGGUUGAAAGCAUUAAACAAUAUCGGUAAAGCUAAUGAUAGCAAAAGUAAAGGGCAAUAUACUUUUGAUCGAAUAGUGGAGGGCCAGACAGCUGAAGAAAUAUUAUUUUCUGUCCAACACAAUGGAAGCAAAAUGAUUGAAGAUCUACAGAGGGAAGCUGAAGAAGCUGUUAGGAAUGGUUGUUUGUCUAUGGAAGAAGCUGAUAUACUAAUAGAAAACUACAAAUGUAGCCUUAAUUCUUAUCCUUACCUAACAAAAUAAAUGGAUGCAGUUAAAUUCGAGUUUACAAAUUUCUAUUCACAUAUGUGGAAGCUAAUGCUAGUUCCAUACAGUAAACUAUUUGGUAACUUCAUGUGGCAAAUUGUGCCAUCAUUUAAAGGCAAUUUUUGGAUAGCCCUCAUUAAUCAUCUUUGAGCAUUAUAUAAUUUGAAGUAGGAUUUGUUUGCAGAAUUGGGGAUUCCUGGUUGCCAUGCAUACACGAUCACUUGCUUCCUGGCAAUUCUUGUUUUCCUUUAUACUUUUCACUUGCAUAUCCGAUGGCUUUCUUUCGUCCGAGUCCCUACAAUUAGCUUUUUUCAAUGAUCA